AAGCUAUAGCAAAUUUUUUUGCAUCCUCUGUAUCUUCAAAACCAAGAAGAUCAAAAAGUCUUGUGUCCACUUUGUCCUUUUCAACAUACACAGAAAAUCUUUGUUUGUUUAUUUCUGGGGUUUCGAUUUGUUUGCUCUUUAUCUUCAUCGAUUUGCUCAACAGGGCCAACUUCAUAUUCAUCGAGAUGCUGACCAUUAGAAAGAAAAUGUGGAUGUUUUCUUGCUAAUUUUUGUCUUUCCCAUAAUUUGUUUAAAGUUCACAUUAGUUUUUUAAUAUUUUUAGUUUACAUCUUCUAUGACAGUUAUGUCCACAACUAUCACAAUUACUACUCUCUCUGCUGCCAAGAUUUUCUCAAUUUUCAAGAUUGUCCCUCGAAUGAUCUCUUUUUGGUUUGCUCCUACAACUCGUCCUCCUGGAGCUGACCCUUAGAUUAUUUUUUGCAAUUUUCUCAUGGUAUUAUCAUAUUUGUUCUUGAAUCCUAGUUUAAUAACUUAAUGGUUUGUUUUGUUGAGUCUUGUUUGAAAUGUGAAAUACAGUUAUAUUAUAGCAUCAAUAUACAAUAAUAUACAAGAAAAGACUAUUGUAUUCGUGUGCAUUGAUUUGUUAGAAUGAACUGUGGGAAUUUAGGUGAGUUUUGUGAGAAUGAGGCAAAAGGGGUUGUUCAAAGUUUGGUGUUGGAUAGUGAGAAAGGUGAAUUAGUGAAGGCUAGUGGAAGAGUGGAGAAAAAAGUUGGGAAAUCAGAGGGAAAAACAAUUGCUGCAUUGAAGAGCCAUAGCGAGGCAGAGAGGCGAAGAAGGCAGAGGAUUAAUGCUCAUUUGUCCACACUCAGGAGUCUUGUGCCAUCUUCUGACAAAAUGGACAAAGCAGCAUUGCUAGCUCAAGUAGUAUGCCAAGUGAAACAAUUGAAGGAAACAGCAACUCAUGUUAGUGAAAGAUUCUUCAUACCAUUGGACUCUGAUGAAAUAAAAGUUGAAACAAUUGCUGAAAAUGCAAUAGAUGGGACAUGUCUUUACAGGGCAUCCAUUUGUUGUGAAUACAGGACUGAUCUUUUAUCAGAUUUAAAGGAAACUAUCAAUUCCCUUCAUGUGAAUUUGAUUAAGUCAGAAAUAUCAACGUUAGGAAGUCGAGUGAAGAACGUGUUUGUCUUCACGAAUUUGAUCGAUGGAGAUCGUGCCAAUACUGAGGCUCGGCAAAUUCUCUUAUCCUCUAUUCGACAGGCAUUUAGUUCUGUCCUUGAUAAAGUUUCAGCAUUUUCAGAAUAUUCAGCCUACCCCAACAAGAGGCAACGUAUUUCUUGCUUCGAUUCUUCAAGCUUAUUCCGAUGAUCACGAUUAGCUCCAUUUUAAUAUCAUUCAAUAGCUUGUAUAUUGUCUAAUAUGAUGUUUUUCAUGUUCUCUGUUAUCAAAUAAUGGUUGGUUUGGAUUGGAUUACAACCCUGCCAGUGACCUGAUAACUAUAUGUAAAUAGUUUGUUACCUAUUAUUAUUAUAUUUAUAUAUAUUACACUAUCUUUGU